AUGCCCAUCCCAAAAAGAAAGAAACGACACUCUAUAUCUUUUAACAAUAAGUCUAUAAAUAAUAAAGAUAGAAUACAUUGUACUAACUGCCACACAUUCAAUACAUCUCUCUGGCGAAGAAACUCUGAGGGUCAGUCUCUUUGUAAUGCAUGUGGUCUCUUUCUUAAACUGCAUGGAGCUGUUCGUCCUCUUAGUCUAAAAACAGAUAUUAUUAAAAAACGAAAUCGAUCUAGAACGAUACAAAAAAUAAAAUAA